AUGGCAGACUCAAUGUUAAUGCUGCACGCCAAAGUCUCCAAAGGUGCCUUUCUGGGUGUACUCUGGGCUUUUACGGCCACUGACACUAUCUUUGUCCUCUUUCGCAUAUUUGUCCGGAUUGCCUUCUUCCGUCGCCUCUUUGUCGAUGAUUUCUUCGUGCUACUCGCAUGGGCUAUUAUGCUGACAAACGCGAUCAUCUGGCAAAUCCAGGGGCAGGUGCUUUACAAGUUGUAUGCGAUCAGCGCUGGCCAGGAAUCAUAUACCCCGGCCGUUCUACCUAUGUUUGAAUCAUUCAUGCGAUAUAUCGCUCCUAUGACUAUCAUGUUUUACUCGGGGCUGUGGGCCAUCAAGUUCUCGUUUAUGUCCUUUUUCUUCCGCCUUGAUUCCAAGGUCAAGAGCCAUCGUAUCUGGUGGUACGUCGUUCUCGUGGUCAUCGGAGGCGUCUAUGUUGCGUCCGUGGCCGACGUCGACUACAGAUGUAGUCUAGGUGGAAUAGAGUUUAUCAUCACCAAAUGCAGCGACCUCGAUCAUGUCCAUUACCAGAACCGUACAUUCUGGGCCAACUGUGUCGGAGAUAUUGUCACAGAUAUCUUGAUCCUCUCAAUCCCUAUUCUCAUUCUAUGGAAUACCCGCAUCUCGCUUCGUAAGAAGUUAAUUCUUUUCGGCAUUUUCUCGGCGACCAUCCUUGUGAUGGCUGUGGCCAUUAUCCGGGUGGUCGUCAACAAUUCUCUAAACAGCAGUGUGGAUAUCGGCUGGUUGUACUUCUGGAGUUUCGUGGAGAUGGGUACCGGGAUCAUCAUUGCGUGUAUCGCUUCAUUCAGGCAGCUUUUUGUCAGCUCACAGAACCAGCAUCUAUUUGGCAAGGUCAAACAUACACCACAGAACCCGCUGUUGGGUGUACCGAGCAAGAAAUAUGGCCUGUCGCGGGAACGCUCUGACACCGAGUCACAGACAAGUGACGCGGCGAUUGUGCCGAUGGAUUCUGUGCAUGUUCGCAGUGACUUUGAGGUGGUUACUUCAUCUAAAAGGUGA